GAAACAUUUGCAGUUAUUUAAAGUGUAACUGCACGUGAAUGGCAGCUUACAAAGACCUGUCCUGUGGCCAGCACACGGGCACGUCCACGGCCCUCCAGAAGCUGGAAGGUUUCGCCAGCCGGCUGUUUCACAGGCACUCCAAAGGCACCGCACAUGACCAGAGGGCAGCUCUGGAAAAUGACAGCCUUCGGGUCUCUGAGCACACUGCCUCAUGGGACAGAUCAAUGAAAGAAUUUCUAGCCAAAGCCAAAGAAGACUUCCUGAGGAAAUGGGAGAACCCUCCCCCGAGCAAUGCUGGGCUCGAAGAUUUUGAAAGGAAAAAAACCCUUGGAACGGGUUCUUUUGGAAGAGUCAUGCUUGUAAAGCAUAAAGCCACUGAACAGUACUACGCCAUGAAGAUCUUAGACAAGCAGAAGGUGGUUAAGCUGAAGCAAAUAGAGCAUACUUUGAAUGAGAAAAGAAUACUACAGGCAGUGGAGUUUCCCUUCCUUGUCCGACUGGAGUAUUCUUUUAAGGAUAAUUCUAAUUUAUACAUGGUUAUGGAGUAUGUUCCUGGCGGCGAAAUGUUUUCUCAUCUAAGAAGAAUUGGAAGGUUCAGUGAACCCCACGCUCGCUUCUACGCAGCUCAGAUUGUGCUAACGUUUGAGUACCUCCACUCCCUGGACCUCAUCUACAGAGAUCUCAAGCCUGAGAACCUCUUAAUUGACCACCAGGGUUACAUCCAGGUCACAGACUUUGGGUUCGCCAAGAGAGUGAAGGGCAGGACUUGGACACUGUGCGGCACUCCGGAGUACCUGGCCCCAGAGAUCAUCCUCAGCAAGGGCUACAAUAAGGCAGUGGACUGGUGGGCACUGGGGGUGCUGAUCUACGAGAUGGCCGCUGGCUACCCCCCCUUCUUUGCAGACCAGCCAAUCCAGAUUUAUGAGAAGAUCGUCUCUGGCAAGGUCCGAUUCCCAUCCCACUUCAGUUCUGACCUCAAGGACCUUCUCCGGAACUUGCUCCAGGUGGAUCUGACCAAGCGAUUCGGAAACCUGAAGAACGGCGUGAGUGACAUAAAAACCCACAAGUGGUUCGCCACGACGGACUGGAUUGCUAUUUACCAGAGAAAGGUUGAGGCCCCAUUCAUACCAAAGUUCAGAGGCUCUGGAGACACCAGCAACUUCGAUGACUAUGAAGAAGAAGAAAUCCGUGUCUCUAUAACAGAAAAAUGUGGGAAAGAAUUUUGUGAAUUUUAGGGAGGGGAAAGAUGGCCUCGAGCUCACACUAGUCUUUGCACGCUGUGGAGGUGGAAGGUGGAGCCGAGCCCUGCUCAUUGAAGCAGUUACCAAGUUCCUUCAUUCCAGCCACUGAGUGAGGUCCGUAUUGCAUCAUCAGUGUGCACUGUGCAACCACCUGUGACCAAGGCACCGCUCCGCAAGCAUCGUCCGUGCCAUAACAGUGUGCACCACUUUCCUACUGUUGGGUUGUUCUCCUCCACCCCCCUGCAUCCUUUCCAUUAACUUUUCUGACCAGUACUCCACUUUAUAUUUUCUCGGUGUUUCGGGUGGCAGUGUUAUGGCUGUGUGGUAUUUAAAAGGAAAGCUACGUGUUGCUUUUUGUAGUUUUGAGCGAUAUUUUUGCUGACCAGUGGCUUGAAGAUAAACUCUCUAACGGUUAUUUUUAUUUUGAGUAGCUCGGACUCAGUUUUGCCAAAACUCUUAGAAUUUUUGAAGAUAGAAUGUCUUAUCACCAAGGGAAUAUGCAUAAGUAAAGAUAAUAACUUUUCAGGAGUCACUGAUGUGGCAAUAAAUUCAGAGUGGCUAGCCUAGCAGUUUGGAUUCCUGGACCAGACGCUUCAUUUCCCUUUGCCUUUUAAUAUUCUUCUCUCUGUGAGAAAUUAAGUGACCAGACAGAUGCUUCAGUCAAGAGACCUGGGGACGGACGCGGCACCUUGCCCGGCCAUCUCUCGAGUACCAACAUCUCUGUGGGUUAGAAGAGUGUUCAGAGGUUUCUAAGCCUUCACUCUUCCAUGAGGGUUUUAGCCAGUAUUUUAGGAGAGCAUGACUGCUAAAGUCACACAUUGUGAAAUUUCUCAGAUAGUCUCAUGGGCGGUUUCUUAAGGGAAACGAGAAAACUAAAGGGAACAUGGAUUUGGAUAAAUACUAAGCCAGUGAAAGCCUUGAUCCCUACUUACAGCAUAGAGGUACUGCCCUUUCAGGGAAGUUGUCUGUUUGCUUCAGUUCAUAACAGGUAAGAAGAAAAGAAGUUGCUGUUGCUUACUGUUGUGACGUAUUAAAAUGAGGACACUGUGGAAACUUCGACUUUUAUCCCCUGCCUAGGCAGUGGGGGAGGAGGCACAGCUUAAGAGACUGCCACGUUUGUAUUUUAAUUUUGAGGCGUGAUAUCUUUAGAUACAUUAGAAUUUCUAACCUCUUUUUUUUUUUUCUGUGUAGACAGAGUAUUUGAUCAUGCAGAUACAGUUUUGAUAUUUGUGUUUCCUUAGUUUUUUUUAUACUUUGCCAAUUGACUUCACAAUGUUGCCGUCAUGAGGAAAUUUCAAGCACUCUUGCACACCUAGUUCAGUGUUCCCUUGUGAAUAAAUGGGUUAACUUUUUUUUUUUUUUUUUUUUACUAUUUUUUCUUUGCUUUUAAUUUUCCCAUCUCAUUUUCUCUCUGUAUCAGUGGCCUACCUUAAAUUAUCAACUCACUCAAAUGGUUUAAAAUGUUCCAUUUUGUGAGCAAGCAUAUAAGGUUGUUUUAAGUCAAACAAGCCCUAAUGUGUAUAUAUAUACAUACAUACAUAUAUAUAUAUAUAUAUAUAAAAAUAAACCUCAAUCUGCUUCCUUACUGGUGCAGGUAGGUCAUUGACACCAGUCCUGUUCAUAUGCACCCGCCCUCACUAAACCCUUGAAGACAUUGAGAAGUCCUACCUGAGACCUUCUCUCCACCUAUCUGCAUGUCUUUUGGUUGUCAAGUGUUUUUGCAUGGUAAUGUCCCACAAAGACAAAUAAUGAUUUCAGUUGGUCCACCUGUAUUUAAAAUGUGCAAGAAAAAUUGAAAUAUUCUGCUGUAGCAAGUCUUAUGUAACAAAGAUAUGUCAUUGUGUUAAUAACUUAAAAGCAUCAUUUGUAUAAAAUAUUUAGUUUUUUUUUUGUGUUUCAUUUAAACCCAAGAACAUGCUAAUCAUUGUGUUUUAUGUAUGCUACAAAUUCUCUGGUAGCAUUGUUGUAUAUUAUUGUAAAAUUAUUUCAAUAAAUCAUGGGGAUGACAAUUUGAUUAUUAUACUUUAGUUUUCAAAAUUGAACAGAUUUCUAUGAAUCCUAAAAAUAUUUUUUUCUAUGAAAUCAUUAGUACCCAGCUAGAGUCUGCCCAGGUAGAUGGCCCCUAGACAUACAUUGGUUUCUGCGGCUUCUCGGCCAUCCAUUUCACUGUCUGUUUGAAGUACGUGAGCAAGCUGUCAGAUGUGUCUAAGGGGUCGGUCUGUUUCUGACUAAUCAAGUACACUAAAUCAGAAUAUAUUUAACAUACCAAAAGUUCCCAUUUUUAGCCACAGUGUAGCCAAAAGGAUUUCCUUUAAAACUUGAAAUAAGUCAGUGGCAAAAACCAGUAUUUUACUCGAAUUAUAUUACACAAAACAGAAGAAAUGUUUUUGCCCAGAAAAUGGAAGGAAGGAAGGAAGGAAGGAAGGAAGGAAGGAAGGAAGGAAGGAAGGAAGGAAGGAAGGGAAAAUAGCAUUGUUCAGGAAGGAGCCUGGAUUGAUGGUGAAACUUACUGCAGUGAUGUAGUUGCAAACAGCAGGAGAGCUGGACAGGCACGUUUUGGGUUCCCUUUCGAUUCCCCGUGUGAGCCCAAGGUCCCCUCUAUCUGAUACGCUUAAGGGACACCAUACUCUGAAGUAGGUUUCUGUACAGUGAUACACUUCUGUGCAUCCUUCCUCUUACCUCUUAAAAUGCCUGAAAAUCCUUUGACUAUCAUAAGACCCUUGUCUGUCCCAUUCCAUACUCCCUCACUGAUGCUAAAUAUACACUUGAUAUCAAACUGUCAACCUACCUAAAAGAUACCAUGGCUCAUGGGUAUUGCGGUCUUGUUCUUGGUAUGUUCCCGUACUGAUUGCCCCUUGGUCUGAAAAAAAAAAAAAAAAAAGUGCUCAUUGUAAGCCCAAAACUAGACGAUUAUCCUUUCCCACCGACUGGCUUUUCUUUCCUUCUGCUUGUUGUAAGAAUCCAAUGAAAUAAUGUAUGUAAAAGCACCUUGUAAACUGUAAGCUUUCGGUGUAAGAUGUAAGGUGUGUUGUUAUUUCAUUAAUUCUCUGUUUAGAGCCAGAUUUCCUAUGCACUACUAUAGCUAGGAAAUGCUGAAAAUGUGUUUUUUAAUCCAUCAAUAACCGCAAAAUUAAAGUAUCUUUAAAAGGUAAAAA